CCAAAGUGACACCAACACUGCAGCAAUCAGUUUCAGUAUGAUGGAUGAUGACGGCUCUACAUCGUACGUGAAGAAGUGUGGCUUUUCUGAUCUGUACGGCUCUGCAAUUGCUGUCCGGCUGACCAAUGGAUUGCAAAUUGAGGACAAUGUUGCAUUCAGAUCGUACGACAGUUCCAAUUUUGUGAUCGACGGUGGUUCAAAUAUCAGCUUGAGCCGCAACCUGGCAAUCGGUGCACAUUUGGAAAGAGCUGUGACGGACGAUCUGUAUUCCAUUUCUUUCCGAAUCUCCUACUUCCCGGCAAAUUUUGAGGUGAAAAACACUGUCGGCCCGAUCCGCAUUCAGGACAAUGCAGCAGCCGGGUCAUAUGUUCUCGGUUUCAACAUUGUCGGCGAUGACUGCAAAGCAGAAGAAAGGAAAGUCAUCGGCAAUGAGGCACACACAAAUCUAGUUGGAGUCUAUUUCCAGAAUGGUUACUCACCAUCAAAUUGCAUUUGCAUUGACAACUUCAAGAUAUCACGGAGCUGGGACUACGGCAUCCUGAAUCAGAAGUCAAAACACAGCAUAGAAGUGCAUAACACUGUGGUUGCAGAAUCAAAGCGAGGAAUUCUGCUGAACAAAGUACAGAAGCUUCCAGAGAGAGGUUACACAUUGAUCAACAGCACGAUAGUGGCGCCCUUUGGUGCGCUCCCAGCGAUCUGCAUCGAACCACCAAAUAAACAAGCAUUCCGGCGUCAUUCCUAUACAGAAAAGUCACCGAUUGUCGGAAUUGUUGCCUCAUCUUUCAGCCCGUCAUUUGGGAUUGGACCUCCACGGAAAGCAUGGGACCAAGUAAGUUCUGCCAGACUUGACCUAGAGCUCUCCACUCUUUUAACGGAGAAGUUAGUGUCCACUGUAAUGUGAAGGAAAGAAGGACCAGAGCUCCUGACUUCAUGGUUGUACUAAGCAGAUUUGAAUUUUGAACUGUUAACUUGCCAACUAGA